AUUGUUUUGGGUGUUUCGCUGCUACAGUACAUUUUUCGUCUCUUCUAAAAUAAUAAAUUUUAUCAUAAAAAUACUUAUUUUAAUCAACUUUCAAACCAAUACACAAAUUCCUUAUAAUAUUCUUCAAAAACAAACAAAUAAACCAUCAUCAUGAGUCUCUCGCAAGAUAAACGCGAACUCAUAACAAUCCUCAAACUUAUCAAAAAAUACAAUCUCAAACAAACCGAGGAUCUUCUGCGAAAGGAAGCCAACAUAAAAGAUGACAUUGUCGUCGACGAUGCUGAUUUAAAUAAUAUUCUAGCUGGUGCUUUAGAUGGAGAAAAUGCCACUGUUCCUGGCAGCGGUGGCGAUCAAGAAUUGUAUGAAAUUGCUUUUAAUGAUUUACGGAAUUUUGUUGAAGAAUCUUUAGAUAUUUACAAACAUGAAUUGUCACUUGUAUUGUAUCCAAUUUUGGUGCAAAUCUAUUUUAAACUCGUUCAGAGUGGUCAUGAAGUGCAGGCAAGAAAAUUUGUUGAGAAAUUUGGUCCAGGUUUAGACAAUUAUUAUCAAGAAGAUUUACAAAACAUUUUGCUUAUCACUAAACCUUCUCAAAUGGAGAACAAUGAUUUGGUUACUGCCAUGGAACAGGACAAAUUCAUUAUAAGGAUGUCUAGAGAUUCGCAUUCUCUCUUUAAGAGACAUAUCCAAGAUAGAAAGUUGGAAAUUCUGUCCCAAAUUGUAACCAAGUAUCUUUUGAUUGAUACUUACGAAGGAACAGCUCGUAGCAAGGCUCAGUGUGAUGCUACAGCUGGAGCAAUAAUUGGUGAAGCACGUCGCCAGGACAAUAAAGUCCGUGUGUUCUUUGGUCUUCUUAAAGAAGUCGACUUUCAAAGUCUGACCACAACAACAACAAAUCCACCUGCCGAAGAGGAAGAUGAGAAUGAUCCGGAUGCUCCGGACAGACCAAAGAAGAAGAAACCAAAAAAAGAUCCUCUCUUCUCGAAGAAGUCAAAGUCUGAUCCGAAUGCACCGGCUCAUGAUCGUAUUCCUCUUCCAGAGCUAAAAGAUGCCGAUAAGUUGGAAAAACUUAAAGCCCUUCGGGAAUCCUCGAAGAGAGUCACUCUGGGAAAAGAUUCCUUUCCAUCAGUUUGCUUUUACACUAUUCUAAAUGGUGCGAAUAGUGUAACCUGCGCUGAGAUCUCAGAGGAUUCCUCGAUGGUGGCUGUGGGCUUUACAGACUCGAGUAUUAAAGUAUGGUCAUUGACCCCGGCAAAGCUUAGGGAAAUGAAAACCGCCGAACAGCUAAAAGACAUCGAUAAAGACGCCGAGGAUGUUUUGGUGCGAAUGAUGGAUGAUAGAACGGCAGAGACUUCGCGGACGUUCUUUGGACACAGUGGUCCAGUUUAUCGGUGUGCAUUUGCUCCAGAGAAGAAUCUUCUUCUCUCUUGUUCGGAAGACACAACCAUUCGAUUGUGGUCAUUGCACACUUGGACAUGUGUGGUAGUCUACAAAGGCCACUUGUAUCCUGUGUGGGAUGUUCGAUUCUCUCCACAUGGUUAUUACUUUGCUACAUGCUCGUAUGACAAAAGUGCUCGUCUUUGGGCUACCGAUUGUAAUCAACCAUUGCGAAUUUUCUGCGGUCAUUUGGCUGAUGUCGAUUGUGUUCAAUUCCAUCCGAACUCAAACUACAUUGCAACUGGAUCGAGUGAUAGAACCGUUCGUUUAUGGGACGUUCUUAAUGGUCAAUUAGUCCGCCUAAUGACUGGACACAAGGGACCUAUAUAUAGUUUGGCAUUUUCAAUUUGUGGUCGUUAUUUAGCAUCGGGAUCAUCUGACCACCAAGUACUCAUUUGGGAUAUAACACAUGGACAAUUGAUUGCGUCAUUGACUAAGCAUACUGGAUCUAUACAUACAAUGUCAUUUAGUCGUGAUGGUAAUAUAUUAGCUGUUGGUGGAUUAGAUUGUUAUUUGACGUUGUGGGACUUUUCGAAGUUAACUGAAGAUUAUCAGUUGGCUAAUAGUGGACAUAAUGCUUCACAUAAUCCAGAGAUAAAUGAUGGGUCGGAAUAUUUGCUGAGGGCUUUUCCAACUAAAUCAUCGCCUUUUCUAACGUUGCAUUUUACAAGGAGGAAUUUGUUGCUUGCGGUGGGAGUCUUUAAAGCACAAUAAUGAAAAUUAAUUUUAUGUUUGGUUUUGUAAUUUAUUGCAAUAAAGGGAAGGUAUUUGAAUAA